CAGAGCCGGCCGGUCUCUGGGGUUUCUUCUUCCCCGAACCCUUUCGCUGACCCUUGCCCUGGCCCGCUGCAGCAGCGCCGAGCUGGCGGGGCUGGCCAGGCGGCGAGGCCGGGUUUUGGCUGGGGUUCUGGCGGACCCCAGGUCCCGCCUCCUUCUCCUCCCGGACAGAGGCUGAGGGGGCCCUUCCCCGGGGCAGCAGUGGGGACCGGCUUCUGAACGAUGCGGGCUCCGGAGAGCGCACUGCCGGGCGGGAAGGGCAGGUUAUCCCGGGACGGGGGCCGGACCCGGGGCAGGAAAGGCAAGCGCCCGGCUCGCCAGGGACACACUGCACACGGCAGGAGGGGUGGCUGGGCAGAGCCUGGAAUCCUCUGAGCAAGCAGUGUUUCAGCUGGCUGGACAGAUCAAAUAACACUUGGGCUGGUUACUAAAAGACACAAGCAGGAAGGUGUUGGAAGCUGGAAUGUGGAAAUUUAUCCAACGUUAUUUCUUUGGCGGGGAAGGAGACUUGGUCUGAAAGAUGCCGUGUUCCUUCAUCCUCCCUGGGUGCAGCAGAAUACAGUCUCGAUCAAAGUCUCAUGGGUGAGUGUGUGAAAGAGGAUGCUGCCCACACGUGAAGCCUCCAGAGGAUCCUGUCCUGGCAGCUGAGCUCCUUCUGGACAUGGGAGGUGUUACUUGGUGUAGAGCUCAUGAAAAGGUCCUUGGUUUCACCAGCUUUUUAAAGCAAUUCUUACCAAACUGGCUUGGCUUGCAGAAUCUAAGAUGAGCUGGUAGGAAGAGGACACGGCAGAGAUAAACAGAAACCCCCUAGAAGCCUUCAGAAUCCAUUGAUAGGAACCCUUCAUAUUCCUUAGAACAUAGACAGAGGCUGUGAUACAACUGAGCUUUGGACCAUCUUAAGUAAAGGAACAAACAGCUCUUGAAUUUUAGCUAGAAAGAACCCCUUGUAACAAAGUAAAGAAGAAAGUUUCUGCAUCUUUUUACUUUGAGGGCCAUUAUGGUAGAAAACUUUGGAUUCCCACAGGUGAUGAUACUGGUUUUUCUUUCCAAGAUGCUAGAUUUAAAAGAAGUAUGAGCCAUUCUAUGCUUCAAACAAGGUUCAGGAAGUACAGAAGUUGGGGAGCAGCCCUCCUGAUGCAGGUUAAGAAGACAGCCUGAGCCUCCACCUUAGGCAGCUCAGUGAGUGUGGACAUAUGCCAGUUUUGUCUCCAGAGAGCUGGUGACAGUGACCUCACUGGAAAAAAAGCAUCCCUUCACUGUGGGGCUUGACAGAAUGAGGUGUGCUAGGGAGGCCACUAGCUGGGACUUAGCCUUUCCCAACUGCCCCUUUGUCACCCGGGCAGCCCCGGACCACUGAGCCAACAAUGGCUGAGAAGGGCGACUGCAUUGCCAAUGUCUACGGGUAUGACCUCGGCGGGCGCUUCAUUGACUUCCAGCCCCUGGGCUUUGGUGUCAAUGGGCUGGUCCUAUCGGCUGUAGACAGCCGGGCUUGCCGGAAGGUAGCCGUGAAGAAGAUUACCCUGAGUGACUCCCGCAGCAUGAAGCAUGCGCUCCGGGAGAUCAAGAUCAUCCGACGCCUGGACCAUGACAACAUCGUCAAGGUGCAUGAGGUGCUGGGUCCCAAGGGCGCCGACCUGCAGGGUGAGCUGUUCAAGUUCAGUGUGGCUUACAUUGUCCAGGAGUACAUGGAGACUGACCUGGCGCGCCUGCUGGAGCAGGGUACUCUGACAGAGGAGCACGCCAAGCUCUUCAUGUACCAGCUGCUCCGCGGCCUCAAAUACAUCCACUCCGCCAACGUGCUGCACAGGGACCUGAAGCCCGCCAACAUCUUCAUCAGCACGGAGGACCUCGUGCUCAAGAUCGGUGAUUUUGGGUUGGCAAGGAUCGUUGAUCAGCAUUACUCACACAAGGGUUAUCUGUCAGAAGGGUUGGUGACAAAGUGGUACCGCUCCCCACGAUUGCUCCUAUCGCCCAACAACUACACCAAAGCCAUCGACAUGUGGGCUGCCGGCUGCAUCCUGGCUGAGAUGCUCACAGGGAAAAUGCUCUUUGCUGGGGCUCACGAGCUGGAGCAGAUGCAGCUCAUCCUGGAGACCAUCCCCGUGGUCCGGGAGGAAGACAAGGACGAGCUGCUCAGAGUGAUGCCCUCCUUCGUCAGCAGCACCUGGGAGGUGAAGCGGCCGCUGCGCAAGCUGCUCCCCGACGUGGACAGUGAAGCCAUUGACUUUCUGGAGAAGAUCCUGACCUUUAACCCCAUGGAUCGCCUAACAGCUGAGAUGGGGCUGCAGCACCCCUACAUGAGCCCAUACUCAUGCCCCGAGGACGAGCCCACCUCGCAGCACCCCUUCCGCAUCGAGGACGAGAUUGACGACAUUGUGCUGAUGGCCGCCAACCAGAGCCAACUUUCCAACUGGGACAGGUACCCGGUGAGCCUGUCGUCGGACCUGGAGUGGCGGCCCGACAGGUGCCAGGACGUGAGCGAGGUGCAGCGCGACCCGCGCGCGGGCUCGGCGCCGCUUUCCGAGGACGUGCAGGUGGACCCGCGCAAGGACUCGCAGAGCAGCUCGGGCCGCUUCCUGGAGCAGUCGCACUCGUCCAUGGAGCGCGCCUUCGAGGCCGACUACGGGCGCUCCUGCGACUACAAGGUGGGCUCGCCGUCCUACCUGGACAAGCUGCUGUGGCGCGACAGCAAGCCGCACCACUACUCCGAGCCCAAGCUCAUCCUGGAUCUGUCGCACUGGAAGCAGGCGGCCGGUGCGCCCCCCAUGGCAGCGGGGGCGGCGGACGCGGUGGCCCGCGAGGACGAGCCAGCCAGCCUCUUCCUGGAGAUCGCUCAGUGGGUCAAGAGCACGCAAGGCGGCCCCGAGCGCGCCAGCCCGCCGCACGACGGGCCCGAGGGCCUGGCCGCCUCUCCCGCCGGCCGCCCGGCCCCACUCGACGGGGGCGCUAGCCCCCAGUUCGACCUGGACGUGUUCAUCUCCCGCGCCCUAAAGCUCUGCACCAAUCCGGAGGACCUGCCGGACAAUAAACGGGGCGACCUCAACGGCGCGUGCAUCUCCGAGCAGACAGAGGCCUUUUCCAAAGAAAGGUGGUGAGGGCGGAGGAGGUGCUCAGGCCCCCGCCCACGGCAGGAGGCCACCUUGGCAAACCCGGCCUGGUCCGAGGAGGCCACCACCCUGGCACCUCCACUGCCCUUUCCACCCCUCUCUGCUGCCUUGGGGUUAGCAGAACACAGGAAGGAUCCGAGGAGCGAGAGGAAUGUCCAUUGCUUAAACUGCCUUAAUAAGUAGCCUUUAACCUCUGGGAGCAGGUUUGAACAGGAGCUUGGCUUGGGGGUUGAUCACUUUCCCGGGAACGGGGAAACCUGGUGGAGUGGCAGGGAAGAAACACCCCUAGACAGCGGCCUGACCGCGCGUAGGAAUCUUGCAAACAUAGUUCUGCAGCUGUCAGGCUCAACUAACCUCAACUGGCAGCUGAGGAGGGGAAAUUAGGUCUCGAGAAGUGGAGUGAUUUACCUAAGAUCACAAGCCAGCAUCUGCCCACUAUAUAAUGUCUUCCUCUGCUGGGGUCAUUCUGGCUUUUUGGUCAAAAAACUUGGUCCAAGCUGUUUCUUCCCUGCUGGUUACCAUCUGACCCACCAGUUGCUCUUCCAUUCAGAGCAAUGUUUCUUGUAUUCUGAAAUUAGAAACUGAACCAGUUUCUUUCUCCUAGUCAUCAAGCGUAUUUGUCUGGCUCCCCAAGUACUUCAAUGUUCUCAUCUGCCACAUUCCUGUAUUUGCCUCACCCCUGCAUGGUCCGAAAUCUUUGUUUUCUGGCCAGAGUGGUUUGGGGUCCAUGAGUAAAAACAAUGUUUCUCCUAGGCCUGUGUGCAUACCUCCUCCAGCCCUCCCUAUGCACUUUCCUGGCACGCAAAGACACAGCCCUCGUUCCCCAGUGGAUGUCCUACAUGAGCGAGGUUGAACACAGCAACUCCAAGAUCCCCUCCAACUUCCCCCUCCUAAUUACCCAGCCACUCCCACACAGCUCCGGCCCAAGCCUACCUCCUGACCUCAUGUUCUCCGCAUGAAUCGCUCAUUUGGAGGACAGCCUCUGCAAGGCGCCUCUCUAGAGCAAACGUGUUAGGAGAGAAGGUUUCACAGGGGACCCCCAUCCUUCAUUAAUACUGCACUUGAUUUUGAUCAUCCAUUUAGCCUUGGCAAAGAGCAAACCCUGAAGAAAUGCAAUGGAGAGCAAGUGACCUUAGGGACAGUAAUCCAGAGAGAUAGGGAGGUGUGAAAGGAGGGUGUUAACAUCAAGGGCUCACAGGGGCCAGCAUGGGGAGCUCAAAACAAGUAAGGGGGACUCAUAGCAACCAUCUCCCUCAUAGUAUAGGCCAAGGUGAGUUUGGAGCACACAGAUGCAGAGGUGCACUCACACCAAGGAAAUGGUGUCAAGACACAGCAGGCCCUCUGCCAAAACAUGGGGUGGGGACUCUGGCAGCCCUUGAUCCAGUCCCCUGGUAUGCUCUGGUGUUCAUUUCUACUACUGGUGUUCAGCUCCUCCCCUCCCUAACAUUCCCAAAGAUCCUCACAGGAAGUCCAGCCAGUAUAGGAAGAGGAAUACCUCAGUGCUGGUGUAGGGCUUGGUUCAUCCCCACAUCACUGCACCUUAAACCUAAUCAGCAAACCAUAGUUUGUAUGUUGAAACCUGCAACAUGUUAGAAACUUAUAUUUAAAAACGGAAUUAAUCACACUGACCGAUUUUUAAGUGGCAGAUAUGUAAAUAGGAAGUGUUUAGGUUUCUGCUUUGGUUUUCUUUUUUAAAAGAAAUGUACACCACUCCUCAUGUGCCAUUUUGUCCUUAGAGGGCGGCUUUACUUCUUUGGUAAAGGGACAAGCUGCUGACCUCGACCAGGAGUUCAUAUAUAACUGUUAUUACAGAGGAAUUAUUAUAACUACUCAUGUUUUUUUUUUUUUUAAUCUAUUAAACAUUGUUAAAGUUGAUCAGGACAGGCCAAAUAAAGUUUUAUUGGGACA